AAAUCACAGUAUUUUCUGCUUCCCCUGCCCGUCCCCUUUCCUGCCCGAAGCUCUCACCGUCGUCGACCUAUCUCCCGCGUCUCCCAUUCUCGCCCAAAAUCACCGGUCCCCUCGCGUUACAGUCGCGAUUAGAGGUAGUCGGAAAGGAAACUACGGGAUCGCGGAGUACAAAGGCCUCCGAAUCGUCCAUCUUUCUCCUCCUUUUACUCCGCUCCUUCCUGAAACCAUUGAAGAAGGAAGAUGACUGGUAGUGUUGUCGAUAGCGAGAAAGAACAGAAGAUGGUUUUCGUAACGGUUGGAACUACUUGUUUUGAUGCUCUUGUCAAGUCCGUCGACUCUCAGCAUGUGAGGAAUGAACUAAAGAAGAGGGGCUAUACUAGCGUUCUCAUACAAAUGGGGAGAGGAUCUUACAUCCCAUCAAAGUCUUGCGGAGAAGAGGAUUGUCUUAUUGUGGAUUAUUUUAAUUUCUCUCCCAGCAUUGCUGAUUACCUGAGAUCUGCCUCUCUUAUUAUCAGCCAUGCAGGAUCUGGAAGCAUAUUUGAGACGCUUCGAUUGAGGAAGCCGCUGAUUGUCGUCGUGAACGAGGAUCUGAUGGACAACCAUCAAAGCGAACUCGCCGAAGAGCUCGCGGAUCGGAAACAUCUCUUCUGUGCCACUCCUCAAACUCUAGGUCAGACCAUUCAAACCAUGGAUUUGGAUUCUCUUCUUCCUUUCCAAUCAGGGGAUGCCAUCCCUGUUAUAAAGCUCAUCAAUAAGUUCCUUGGUUUCCCUGCUGAAUGAUCAAAAUUCUAUAAAUACUUGAACAUUUAUAUAUUUAUGCAAA